AAUGAUGAAAUUAAUCCAAAUUAUGAAAAAGAAAAUGCAACUUUUUUCUCAUUAGUUAGAAAUGAGGAAUUAUAUUUAAUGUUACAAUCAAUAACUCAUGUUGAAGAAAGAUUUAAUAAAAAAUAUCAUUAUCCUUGGAUCUUUGCAAAUGAUGCUGAAUUCACUGAUACUUUUAAAAAUGAAGUUUCAAAUUUAGUUAGUGGGAAUGUCACAUUUGUUACAAUACCAAAAGAAUAUUGGUCAUAUCCUGAAUUUAUUGAUCAAAAGAGAGCAGCUGAUGUUAGAAAGCAAAUGCAGAAAGAUAAUAUCAAAUACGGUGGUUCUGAAUCUUAUAGACAUAUGUGCCGUUUCAAUUCCGGGUUUUUCUAUAAGCUUAAAGCUUUUGAAGGCAUAAAAUAUUAUUGGAGAGUGGAACCUGAUAUUAAAUUCACUUGUGAUUUGAAUUAUGAUUAUUUCAAAUUUAUGAGAGAAAAUAAUAAAAAAUAUGCCUUUACAAUGACUUUACAUGAACUACACAAUACUGUUUAUGGAUUAUUUGAAGCUACUAAAGAAUUUUUCCAUGACCAAAACCCAUCUUAUAUUGCAAAGGAAAACACAAUUGAUUUCAUAACUUUAGAUAAUGAAGAGACUUUUAAUAUGUGUCAUUAUUGGUCAAACUUUGAACUUGGUGAUUUAGAUUUCCUAAGAUCAAAAGAAUAUGAAGAAUAUUUCCAAUACCUAGAUUCCAAAGGUGGAUUUUUCUAUGAAAGAUGGGGUGACGCUCCAAUCCAUACAUUUGCAGUUUCAUAUUUAUUGAAUAAAAAUGAAGUUCAUUAUUUUGAUAAUACUGGUUAUUAUCAUGUCCCACACACUCAAUGUCCAAGACGUCAAGAAGUUAGAGAAGAAUUACAUUGUGUUUGUUCUCCAAAUUAUGAUUAUAAUUGGGGUAAUAGAGAUAGUUGUUUAGCUUAUUGGUAUGAAGCAAGAAACGAACCAAGACCGGAACAUGCACCAAGAAAGACUUAUUCUACUCAUAAACCUAAAGAAAAUGAA